AUGAAGCUCACCCUCAAGAACCUCCAGCAACAAAAGUUCACCAUCGACGUCGAGCCCUCCGACACCGUCGCACAAAUCAAGGCCAAGAUCGAGGAAGAGAAGGGGUAUGAAGCCAAGAACCAGAAACUGAUUUUCUCGGGGAAGAUUUUGGGGGAUGAGAAGACUGUUGAGGAGGUUGGUGUGAAGGAGAAGGAUUUUGUUGUGUGUAUGGUUAGCAAGCCCAAGGCCGCACCUAAGCCCGCAGAGCCAGCAACCCCCGCACCCGCAGCCCAAACCAACACCACCCCCGCCGCCGCCCCAGCUCCCGAGCCAGCAUCAGCACCAUCAUCCGCACCCGCAGCCGAAUCUGCAUCCGCCGCAUCCGCCGCUGCCCCCGCUGAACCCGCAACCCCAGCUCCCGCCUCCACCGCCCCUCCCGCCUUCAACGACCCCUCCGCCCUAGCAAUGGGCGGCGCCCGCGAACAAGCAAUCGCAAAUAUGCUCGAGAUGGGAUACGAAAGGGCUGAGGUCGAGCGUGCCAUGCGCGCCGCAUUCAAUAACCCCGAUCGUGCGGUCGAGUAUCUCUUGACCGGGAUUCCCGAGCAUUUGUUGCGUGAGCAGGCACCGGCACCGGCACCGGCACCGGCACAAGCCCAAGGUGGUGCGGUUCCCGCUACGCCUGCUGCGCAGACUGGGGGUGUUGCGGAGACACCUGCUGCUCCUCAGGCUGCGGGGCGAAGUGGGAAUAUGUUCGAGGCUGCUGCUGCUGCGGCACAGAACCCACCUGCUGGUGCUGCUCCUGGAGGGGCUGCGGCCGCCGCGGCGUCAAACCUGGAUUUCUUGCGGAACAACCCCCAAUUUCAGCAAUUGCGUCAGGUUGUGCACCAAAACCCCGCAAUGCUCGAGCCGAUCCUCCAACAAGUCGCACAAGGCAACCCCGGCCUCGCAGCCCUCAUCAACGCCAAUACCGAAGCAUUCCUCGCACUCCUUGCCGAAGGAAUGCCCGGUCUCGAUGACGAAGGGGACGAGGAUUUCGAAGGUGGAGGAGAUGGCAUGAUGAGAGUCGAAGUCACGGAGGCGGAGCGGGAUGCGAUUGAGAGGUUGGUUGGGUUGGGGUUCGAGAGGGAUGUUGUUGUGCAGGCGUAUUUUGCUUGUGAUAAGGAUGAGGAGGUUACGGCAAAUUAUUUGUUUGAGAAUCAGGAGGACUUUAUGGAGUAG